AUGCUUACCAAAAUCACCAACGUUCGUGUCUUCGACGGCGAAAGGGUAGUUCCCUCGACUACGGUCAUCUUUGACCACCCUUAUAUCAUCUCCAUUGGGGAGAACGACGACGUUCCCGAUGGCGGACAAGUCAUCGAUGGAAGUGGGAUGACACUACUGCCCGGCCUGAUUGACUCCCAUGUGCACACCAAAAUCGAGAACCUCCAGCUGGCGCUACAGUUCGGAAUCACCACCGAGCUGGAGAUGAUGGGACACUGGACUCCCGAGCAGCGACGCGAGAUCGAGGAACGAAACGACGUGGCCGACUUGCGAACGGCCGAGUUUGGACUCACAGCUCCCGGAGGGCAUCCCAGCGAGCUGCACAGCAAAGUCGGCCCUCCACCAGGCAAGCCCCGGGGCCCGCCUCCCUCUGCAGGUCCAGGCCACAAACAUCCUCCUGCUCGAUUUGUUGCCCCAACAGCCUCGACACCUCAAGAGGCGGUCCAGUUCGUCAAGGACAGAGUCGCGGACGGGGCCGACUACAUCAAGAUCAUGAUCGAAGAAGGCUCGGUGCUCGAAUCGCCGGGGCUUCCACUUCUCCCCAAAGAGACCCUGGCCGGAGCUGUCACCGAAGCCCACCGCAACGGCAAACUUGUGGUCGCCCACGUCUUGACGGCAGAUGCCACCCUUCAAGCAAUCGAAGUGGGCGCGGACGGGCUGGCUCACCUGUUUCUCGACCAACCCCAUACCACGACGGUCGUGGAAAGCAUCGCCUCUGCCGGAGCGUUCGUCACCCCAUGCCUGGUCCUCAAUUCAUCCAUCAUGGGCAAGGCCCCGACGGCCUUUGCUUCCGACGAGCGCGUCCGCGCCAAGUUGAGUCCUCCGUGGAUCAAAACCUUGAACAGCAGCUUCAACACAUUCCCCGAGGGCAAGUUUCAAGACUGCCUCGACACGGUCCUCGCUCUUCACAAGGCGGGUGUGGACAUUCUGGCUGGAACGGAUGUGUCGGUUCCCGUCCCGGAGCUUGGCGGCCUUGCUCACGGCGCAAGUGUUCACCAUGAAUUACAGUUACUCGUCGAAGCCGGCUUGUCUGCCACUGAAGCGCUGCGUGCAGCGACGAGUGUCCCAGCUAGGCGGUUUGGCCUGAAUGAUCGUGGUAAAGUCGGGAAGGGACUGUUGGCAGACUUGGUGCUGGUGGAUGGAGAUCCAACUACAACCAUUACGGAUUCGUUAAAUGUCCGAGGUGUCUGGAGGCGGGGUGUGAAGCUGGAGGUCUGA